AUGCCUCUGACCACUCUCCCAACCGACAUACUCAUCCUCAUCCUCGCAUCACUCUCAAUCACAGACCUCGCCUCUCUCUCACAAACAUGUUCUCUACUCCACUCUCUUGUCACAGAAUUCGGCUGGGCAGCUUACUCCCGUCUGCACCCAAGGCCCUCGCACAGUCUCUCACACGCCCGCAGAAAAUGGAGUGCCUACACUCAAGUCCAACACGACUAUCUAACCGACAAAGCCUGGAAAUCAACCGAGUUCAUCGCGAGACCGCUCUCCCGCACCUGGGCGGGAAAGCAACAACCCACUCUCGCAAUCACACCUACCCGACUCGUCGUCGCAGCCGGGACGAACCUCUAUUCCUAUGUUUUCGGUUGUAAAUCCUCGAAACCCUCGAUAUCCUUCGAAGGUGUAGUGAACCUAGACGACCCCCUCGUGCGCGGACGCAACAUCACGUCUGUAACCUUCCUAGACGACGGGGAGUUAGACUCUACCCUGCUCGUGGCGUACCAAGAACAACGUGUAGAGAUCAUCACACUCAUACCCGUCCACGGUAACAACAACCAACAAAGGGGACCGGGUCUGACGUUCAGACGCACCCGCCACGCUGCAUUCCCCCAGGACGAUUACGUCGAAAGCUUCUCUACAUCACGACACCACCUCCUUUCUAUUUCCUCCAAUGGGACAGCGAGGUUUCUGUACCAAGGGGGCGUGGUACCCUCUACCGAGUCCGAGUCGUCUCCUCCCACUCCCUCAGCAAGAAUAGAUCUAAACGAGCGUAGCUGGACUUGUCACCUCUCAAUGGACGCUUCAACGCCUUUUGCUGCAUUCGGGACAUCCGGUAAAACACCCUUGACAGUCUACUCCAUCUCUCAAGACAGAAUGUCUCCUCUCCCCGAAUACAUCCUUCUUUCCAAGAAGUACGGCGAUACUAGCAUCUCAUUAGACUCCUUACCUUCCUUGGCAGUAUACGGAAUAACGCGAGCGCCGCUCUCCUCCCCAUUCGGCGCAUCCCCCCAGGUCCUCGCAUCAGGUUGGUUCGAUGGUCAAGUCCGGAUAUACGAUCUCCGCGCCUCCGAGUCUCGUUUAACCGCUCCCUCUUCACCUUCCCAGACCACCCCUUCGUCGUCUUCCUCCUCCUCCUCCGCAACAAUCCUGUCCCCAAUCCUCACACUCCAAGACCGCUGGUCCCCCGAACCCAUCUACACCCUCUCCUCCGGCGGCGGCUCCUCAGCCCACAUCGCAGCAGGCACCGCCCGCCACAGCGUCGUCUCCUUCUGGGACACCCGCUCCCCGCGCCUCGGAUGGAGCGUGCACGCACCAGGCAACGACCGUUCCCCCGUAUUCGACGUCAUCCUCGAGAGCUCCAGGUGCUUCGGUGUAACCGAAGCUAGGCCUUUUGUUUAUGAUUUCGGCCCGAAUCCCAGUUUAGACGCCUACCCGACUCUGACGCCGAACCGCGAGUUGGCAGCGGUGACACAACCACCAAGAGGCCAACGCCAAUACCACCGCGAAGGCAUCAAAUACAAACCCAAUCUCAUGACUUACGAAGUGGCUAAAUACACGCAUGCCAGUUCCGGUUUAUCAUGAAUAGAGCAUAAUAGACUCUCGGGAGCUCAAGCCAACGCAGGAACCUAGCGCUACACAUGUGCAUCAUUGACGUCCUUUUAAUACACGCGCACGUCUCUUUACAAUCCAUUCUACUACUUAUAGACCGGUGUAAAAUUACAUACAAAAAAAGAGACGACGUCGUCUCGAUUC